UUGUAAACACUGGUCUGUCGGCUGAUCCGGGAACAGUCAGAUAUAUGAGGCAACACAAAUGGAAGUGUCUUUCAUGUCUUUAAUGUAACAUAAACAGAGUUGUAUGUAGACGUUUUUCGGCGCAGUCCCGUUUAUUUUAACACGUGUGCAUUAGUUCGCGGAUUCUGCUAGCUACAGCACCGUCACCUGUCACAUGAUUUCCAUGGAUGAAUUACAAUAAAUUCGAGAAAUACAUUAUUUUGAACAAAUCAUCUCGUUUUUGUUGAUUGCCUGCUUCAGGAGGAGGAGGAUGAUCUCUCAGCUCUUCAUCUUGUCGUCAAAGGGCGAUCACCUCAUCUAUAAAGACUUCCGCGGAGAAGCAGGAAUUGAUGUCGUCAGCGUUUUCUACGAGAAGGUCACGGCACUGCCUGGAGACCAGCCUCCAGUUGUCAUGAGUCACAAAGAUCUUCACUAUGUCCACAUCAGGCAGGGAGGACUGUACUGGGUCGCCACGACGACGCAAGACUCCUCCCCCUUCACCAUCAUCGAGUUCCUCAACAGACUGGCUGCUCUGGUGAAAGAUUACUGCGGCUCUCUGUCAGAGAAGUCGGUGCAGAUGAACUUCGCUCUCAUCUACGAGCUGCUGGACGAGGUCGUGGACUACGGUUACGUACAGACGACGUCCUCUGACGUCCUGAAGAACUUCAUCCAGACUGAAGCUGUUUCCUCCAAACCCUUCAGUCUGUUCGACCUGAGCAACGUUGGCCUGUUUGGAGCAGAAACACAGCAAAGUAAAGUGGCUCCAAGUUCUGCUGCGACCAGACCAAUCCAGUCCAGCAGAGAGCAGGGAGGAAAGAGUCAGAUAUUUGUGGACGUGAUCGAGAGACUGUCGGUCGUCAUCGGCUCUAACGGUGUCGUGAUGAAGGCAGACGUGGAAGGAGAGAUCAGAGUCAAGUGCUACAUGCCGAGCUGCUCAGAGAUGAGAAUCGGUCUGAAUGAAGAGUUCAGCAUCGGCAAGUCACAGCUCAGAGGUUACGGGGCGGCGGUGCGCGUUGACGAGUGCAGCUUCCAUCAGGCGGUGAGACUGGACGAGUUUGACAACCACCGAAUCCUGCGGCUCUGUCCGAGUCAGGGAGAGCAAACAGUGAUGCAGUACCAGCUGAGUGACGACCUGCCCACGCCUCCUCCUUUCCGCCUCUUCCCGACCAUCGAGCGAGACAACGGAGGAAGACUGCUGAUCUACUUGAAGCUCCGCUGUGAUCUUCCUCCAAAGAGCGCCACCAUCAAUGUGUCCGUCUCUGUUCCUGUUCCUAAAGGCUGUGUGAGUUUUUCACAGGAGCUCAGCAGCCCAGAGCAGAGCUGUGAGCUGAAGCCUCAGAACAGGUCUGUGGUGUGGACUGUUCCCCGCUGCACAGGAGGGACACAACUGUCCGCUGUGUUCAAGCUGGAGGUCCCCGGCCUCAGCUCGGCGUCCAUGUUGGAGGUCGGUCCGGUCGGUCUGACCUUUGAGCUGCCAAAGGUCACGGCCACUGGGCUACAGAUCCGCUUCCUCCGCCUGUCGCCCGUCCAGCCGGGACCGUCGCAGCGUUGGGUCCGAUACGUCACACACUCGGACUCCUACAUCGUCCGGAUUUAACGGUGUGGCGCGUUCAUGUGCUGGGAGAAGUCAACACGACUCUGACUGUGAGCUGUAAAUAAUAAAUAAACUGUUUUAAAUACUGAUAAACUAA